CUCUGCGCCCCCUUCCACGGAUGGCUCCAAUGCUAUGACUUAUGUGAAUGCCAUUCCUGAACUGGAUGGCAACAACUAUGGGAAAUGGUACCAGAAAUUGGAGAUAGCUAUGGCGAUGGCCAAUAUAGAUUUGGCCAUCACAACGCCAGCUCCACAAGAACCAGAAAAGCCCGUAAGGGCACAGAAUGAAGAAGCUGCUGCUUGGGCUAUCCGAGAGAAGAAUUAUGACUCUGCUAUGACCAGAUAUGAUGCUGACAAGACACGUUGGAAUGAUUCCAACCGCAAGUGUCUUAUGGUCAUGAAGGGUUCCACUUCAGAUGCCAUCAAGAUGGCGAUCCCAGAUUGUGACACCGCUUCAGAAUAUUUAGCAAAGGUGAAGAGUCAGUUUACUGGUUCUUCCAAGGCUUAUGCUGUCAUUCUUGCUGAGCAGUUUAUCACCAAGAAAUACACUGGCGGUGGCAUCAGAGAACAUAUCUUAGAAAUGAGCCACAUGGCCAACAAGCUUAAGACAAUGGACAUGCCUUUGCAAGAAAAGUUCAUUGUUCAGCUGGUCUUCAAGUCCCUACCAAAGGCGUUUGAGGCAUUUCAUGUCAACUAUAACGCUUUUCCAGAAGAUUGGGGUAUUGACAAGCUGAUUGGCAUGUGUGUUCAAGAAGAAGAUCGCCUUAAGAACUCCAAUGGUGGCAAGAAUCAGCAUGAGAGUGGCCCUUCCAGACCACCUCCACAGAAAGACUGGGAAAAUUUUCCAGUUGAACAAGACCAGUGUCUGAAGUGCAAAAAGAGAGGGCACUACAAGAGGGACUGCCCAGAAUUCCUGAAAGAGUUGUUAAGAAAGGGGAUCAAGUAUGAGGAGGACCCUGCCAAGAGGCGCAAGAAGAAUUAAAGUUGCAAACGGUGUAGAAGCUGAAGUCGAAGCCAUUGCAGAAUUUCAUUUAGAAUUACAUAAUGGCUUUGUACUUUGUUUGAGAGAUGUUCUUUAUGUACCGUCUUUGCAACGAAACUUAAUAAGUGUGUCUAAAUUAGAUGAUGACGCUAUUGCUUGUCAUUUUGGUGAUGGCAAGUGUAAGAUACAAGUUAAUUCAGAAUGUGUUGGUCUUGCCUUC